AUGGACUGCGAUAUCUGUCAUCGCAGCCAUGACGCCAAGCGUCUCCCGUUUCUUUGUGCCGCGGAUGCCAGAGGUGCCAUUUAUAACGGCCGUAUUGAGAAUGUGAUGGCUCUCAUCGAAAAUGAGACUCUUCAGAAACAGAUCAACGAUCUUUUGAAUGAGACAACUACUCCGACAAAGGAUCGGAAAGAUUCCCUUCAGGCGCAGCAACGAACAGCGGAAGAUAGAACCACCCAGAUCUUGGCCGCUGCUGAUAAACUCAGAAAUGAUAUAAAAGCUGCCAGGGAGGAGAUCCAGGCUCGAAAAGCUGCUCUUUCGAGACGCAAGUCCGAUAUCGCUGCAGUAUCUGAUGGUCUUAUCGAGCGCAGAGUGAAACGACAAAAGUCGGUAGAAAGGGAGACCGGCAUGCACAAGUACCGCUGGACGAAGUGUGCAGAUGAACUGGCCCGCACUCGGUCUUUCCUCUGCAUGGCAGCAGCCAAGCUAUAUGGACUUACACGGGUUAGAGAAGGCCCAUCUAGUAAAUACGAAUAUCACCUGGGUGGUAUCCCGGUUGUCGAUUUGACUGCAAUGAACUCGUCAACACCAGAGAUGAUAUCCACAUCGCUCAGUCAUAUUUGUCAACUUCUGAUACUCGCUUCACACUAUCUUUCUAUUCGCCUUCCAGCUGCCAUCACUCUUCCCCAUCGAGACUACCCCCGGCCAACAAUUUUCAAUUUGUCUGCCUCUUACAGACCUGGAGACCCCGUUUUCCCAAGCCAGUCCUCCAGCACCGCAGACAUAGAGUCGCAACGUGUCUCGCGGCCAAGGCCAUUAUUCAUAGACAAAUCACUCUCUCAACUAGCCAAGGAAGAUCCGGCCACUUUUUCAUAUUUUAUCGAAGGUGUGACUCUGCUUGCUUACAAUGUCGCUUGGGCUUGCAACACACAGGGAGUGUCGAUUGGCGACAAGGCCCUUUUCGAGGACAUUUGUAACAUGGGUCGCAACCUGUACAGUCUUCUGAUAAAUCACCAAUCUUCCGAGAAAGACCCGGCCACGCCGAAGAACGAAAUCGAUGGCCAAGGCAAUCGGUUCGGGCAGUACUCCCACGGCACAACUUUCUACCACCUUGGUGGAGCAGAAGGUAGCGAGUUCAGCAAAUCUUUCAAACUCCCCGGCCCAAUGAAACUUGCAGACAAACUCAAGAAGAAACUACUCAGCGAAGCGCCCACCCCUGAUUGGGAAGUUCUAGAUGAUGACGCAUGGAAAGUUGAGGAGGAGCCAGGAAGUGGAAGUCAGAUCAAUAAGGAUCUACAAGUUGGAGACAAAAGCUCUCCACGUCGGGGAACAAGCGGUUGGAUGAGGGUCAAGAAUAGAUAG